AAGUAGUGUGAGUAAAACACAUGACAAAGACGCGAGAUCCCUCUAAACUAAAACCCUUUUCAGGAAAAUGACCAAAUACAGAAUCGCUAGUUUCCUUCUCAAAUUUUCUUGAAAAUAUUUAUGGGACUUUCAGAUAAUACCCACUGCCUGUUUCGCUGAUUAUACCCGCAGAAAUGGCGCUCAAGCUCAAUGCUUCGGCUGUGUAUUCACUGCAGAACCUUCAGUUACGUCAUAGAAGUCAGAGCUGCUUAUGGAGUUUUAAACCAAAUCAACUGUAUCAGAAUACUCCAAGAAUUUCGUGCAGUAUGAAUAUGGCUGCCAACCAGCCAGGUGACCCUAGGAAAUUGAGCGUCAGUCAUAUUGUGGACAAGGCAAGAAGUUUGUGGGAUACUUCUCCUCAGCCUGUCAAGACCUUUCCUUGGAACAAGACAUUAAAUCAUUUCAUUCAACUCCUUGUUGACAUUGUCUUAGCAGUCAUCAAAUACCUAGCCAUACCUGUAUUUUCCAUUACAUCAAUCAGCGAAAUGUCUUAUUGUGCACAUGAAAGGAAGCUGUACCUUAUCCCACUUCCGUUUCUAGUUGGUGUCUCUGUAGCUGGGGUGCUACAAAAUGCUGCUUUAGAAUCGUCUUCAUAUCUCAAGUAUGCAGAAGUCCCGUGGCAUCUGAUUGCUCUUCUAAUAUUCUUUGCAUUGCUCAAGUUUCCUGGUCCUUAUUACCCAUAUUGGGGACGUAUAUUCAUUCCUCACAUGGCAAACGGAGCAAUUUUGAGGACCUUGUGGUUCUUGUUUCUGUGGUUCCGGAAGCCCCAAAAGGCACCAGAAAAUAACCACAUCGACUCUGUUGUCGACAAUCCUGAAACAGACAAGGUCUUGUAGCGUCAUAAAUCCUCAAUAGGUGUAGAUGCAGUUUUGCCCUUCGGCCAUCAGCUCAACUAUUUGGAAGAGGUUUAGGUUUUGUUUUGUUCUAUUGCCAAAAAACGUUGAGGAUAUUAUUAUCUUAGUAUUAAUGAUCAAGAUUCUUUUUACUUUUCCUCAA